AUGGCUGCUCCAUCUGAUCUCUCCGUGGCGUAUGAAACAGAAGCCAAGGCAGGAGAUGGCGGGGUGGAGUACCAGGUGAUUGUUGUUAACCCAGAGAAGCACGGACAGGGCAUUGGUGCCUACCUAACAUAUGAGCUGAGAACAAGAAUGAAAGGAGGAGCAUUUGGUGAAAGAGAGUUCGCUGUCAGAAGGAAGUACAACGACUUCAUCUGGCUGCGCAACGUGUUGGCUGCUGAUUACCCUCACUUUCUCGUUCCUGUCCUCGCGGAGAAGGAGAAGCUUCCUGCUCAAGCGAGCCAUGAGGAGCAGGUCAUCCGACGGCGGUGCGAGCAGCUGCAGAGCUUCAUGAAUCGGGUAUGCAACCAUCAUGUACUCUCACAGUCGAAAGAUCUCCUCCUCUUCCUGGAAACCAAAGUUUGGGCGCUGGAGAGCACGCAAGCAGCUUAUUCAAACCAAUCAGAGGAUGAAGUCGCGGGUGUCUUGGCUGAAGCGGCUAAAAGUUUCCGCGCAUCGUCCGAUCGAGUGAAGCAGCAGGCAGGAGCGGACGAGCUAUACUUUGUCGAGCGGUUGAGGGACCUCGUGCUGUGGUCGACAGCAGCCAAGGAGCUGCUGAAGAAUCGAGAAGCCGCCAUGUGCGACGUGGUCGCAUUAAGAGAGUCUAAGAUGAAGAUUGAGAGAGAGUUUGAGCAAGUGAAACAGAACAUGCAGAGCACAAAGCCAAAGACGGCGAUGGAGAUCUUCAAAGAAACCUUAACGCUCGAGAGCCCCAAGGAGCAGAUCCGCAAGCUGGAGGAGCAGAAGAAGGAGUGCGAAGCAGCUUCGGUGAAAGCCGAGGGCAGGUGGAAGCAGGCAACAAAGGUGACGUCGCAGGAGAUGCAGAGGUUUCACAACCUGCGCGUGUGGGAAGUGAGGGAGACGCUGAGAGGCUUCUGCGAGUCUCAAAUUCAAUUCCACGAGGACAUGGCGAGGACUUGGCAGAGCUUGCUUCCCAAGGUGACCCGACCCCACUGCUCUCCUCUUCUCCCCUCACUGCUCUCCUCUUCUCCCCUCACUGCUGUCCUCGUCUCCCCUCACUGCUCCCCUGCUCACCCCUCACUGCUCUACUCCAGCUCGAAGCGCUUCCUCUCAACGACUUGGAAAGCGGGUCACAGGUGA